CGCCGCCCAAUCAUUUGGACUCAACUUCCAUUCCCUACUUCGCUCGCUCUCUCUAUCAUCUCUGGCCCUUCAUCACUCCGAUCACUGACUCGUUUAACCCCAAACCGCCUCCUGCCUCGUUUUCCAGCUCAAGCUCCUGCUUAUGGCGAUGUACAUCAUAUCACGGCGAGUAGUAGGUGGAUCGACGCCGUCAACGGCGUUCCGUUAUGCUACUUGUUGGAGACCCUAUUCGACGGCGUUUAGAGAGGAAAGAGACACCUUUGGACCCAUUCUCGUUCCCUCAGACAAGUUGUGGGGGGCGCAAACUCAAAGAUCGUUGCAGAAUUUCGAUAUCGGCGGCGAGCGUGAACGAAUGCCCGAACCUAUUGUUCGCGCCUUUGGCGUACUCAAAAAAUGUGCUGCCAAGGUGAACAUGGAGUAUGGUCUUGAUCCAACUAUAGGCAAAGCAAUAAUGCAAGCUGCCCAAGAAGUCGCCGAGGGAAAGCUAAACCAGCACUUUCCACUUGUUGUAUGGCAAACUGGCAGUGGAACCCAAAGUAACAUGAAUGCCAAUGAGGUCAUUGCGAACAGAGCAGCUGAGAUACUUGGCCAUAAGCGUGGUGAAAAGAUUGUCCACCCAAAUGACCAUGUCAAUAGAUCACAGUCUUCUAAUGACACUUUUCCAACUGUCAUGCACAUUGCGUCUGCAAUGGAAAUUAAUUCAAGACUAAUACCAAAUUUGAAAACAUUGCAUACUUCUCUACAUUCAAAGUCAGAUGAAUUCAAAGAUAUUGUUAAAAUUGGACGCACUCACACACAAGAUGCGACACCUUUGACUCUUGGGCAAGAAUUCAGUGGCUAUUCAACACAAGUGAAGUAUGGAAUUGACCGAGUCUUGUGCACCCUACCCCGCAUGUAUCAGCUUGCACAGGGUGGUACUGCUGUUGGGACUGGAUUGAACACAAAGAAGGGAUUUGAUGUAAAGAUAGCUGCGGCAGUAGCUGAGGAAACAAACUUACCAUUUGUCACCGCCGAAAACAAGUUUGAAGCUUUGGCUGCACAUGAUGCUUUUGUUGAAACUAGCGGAGCCCUAAAUACAGUUGCUACUUCUCUGAUGAAAAUUGCAAAUGACAUACGUUUAUUAGGAAGCGGUCCACGUUGCGGCCUUGGUGAACUCAUUCUCCCUGAAAACGAGCCUGGCAGCAGCAUUAUGCCUGGGAAGGUUAACCCUACUCAGUGUGAGGCUCUCACAAUGGUCUGUGCUCAGGUUUUUGGUAACCAUGUGGCCAUUACAGUAGGUGGAUCAAAUGGUCACUUUGAACUUAAUGUAUUCAAGCCAAUGAUUGCUAGUGGUCUCCUACAUUCUGUGAGAUUGCUUGGGGAUGCAUCAGCUUCCUUUGAAAAGAACUGUGUAAAAGGAAUCGAUGAAGAAUAUAGAACUUUUUAG